AUCAUCAUGAUGUAGAUCACCUAGUUCUAAUUUUGCAAGCUAGACUAUUUUUUUGGGAGUGAGAAUUAAUUUUUUGGUGAUACUAAAAUUUCAAGCUCCAGUUUGAACCAGAACAAAGAGAUACAAUUUAUAGACAACAUCACACCAUGUUAGUGCCUCCAGAGAACUUUGGACUUGUAGAGGCAGGAAUAUAUCGAUGCUCCAAAUUAGAAUCAGAUAACUUCCCUUUCUUGGAAACGUUGAAGUUAAAAUCAUUAAUACUACUAGAUGCUGAAAAACCACCCCGAACCUUGAAUAAGUUCCUUGAUUCAAAUAAGAUUGAAUUGUUUAACUUGGGUGGUAUGAAGAUAUCAAGUCAUAAGCAUACAGGUGAUGAUAAUGAUGACGAUGAUGAUCGAACUUCCAAUACUAGUAAGACUUCAGAAAGUCGUAAUACAAAUCAACCUCAAGAUUCAAAUACGAUUGAUGUGAUAUCAUUACAUACCAAUAAGAAUAAGAAUGAACAAUGGAUGUUGAUUGAAAAGAGUAUUAUCAUCAAGUCAUUUGAAAUCCUUUUAAAUAAAAAUAAGAAUAAUAUAUUAUUGGUUGAUUCUAGUUCAACGCUUGUGGGGAUAUUACGAAAGAUUCAAAAAUGGAAUUUUAAUUCAAUUUUAAAUGAAUAUCGAAUUUAUACUGGAAAUUCAAGUACCAGUAAUUAUUUCGCUGAGAAUUUCCUUGAAUUGAUUCAAAUUGAAUUGAUUCCUUAUGAAAUCGAUAAAUUAUUACAUUCAUCUAAUUCAAAACCAGAUAGUGGUAAAAAUACCGAUACUACAGUAUCACCAAUUGAUCCUGAUCAGGCAGUGAUAGUAAUGGAUGAAAAUGGAGGAUUAAUGAAGAGUCCCAAUUUAAGUCAAAGAAGUUCAAGAUUCAAUUCAGUGGAUGAAGAUAUUCAAUGGGAAGAAGAUGAUAUUAAUAGUAUUGAUGAUGAUGAUAUGGAUGAUGAUUUACUUUCAGCAUCACCUCAAAUUCCAGCUAAUUUAUUAAAACUUGUUGAACAACGGAAACAUGAAAAAUCAUCGCGAGAUCUGAUUGAUGGUGAAAGUGAUAGUGGGAUAAUAACAGGUACAUCACCUAGAAUAGGAGGAGGUAGAUCAAGUCGAAAUAAUAGUUUUAGUAAUGAUUUAUUAUUAUCAGCUGCUAGAAUGAAUCUUGAACGAAGAAGAUCAUCGAUUGAUUCAAAGUUUAUAAGGUCAGGGAAUACUAAAUUCAGAAAUCCAAGUUUACCAUAUCCUAUGAUACAAGGUAAAUCAUUUGAAGGUUCAUCGCCUUCUCAGAAGAAAUUAAAAGAGCGAGAUUCAAGACAUUCAUCUUUGGUGAUGACAGAAUUAGAAAUGGCAAAAUUAAAAUUUGAAUUCAAAUAUUAUAAGAAUUUGAAUAAGUUCCCUAUAGCAUUUGAAAAGGUUAGUGUAUUGAAGUUGAAAUUGCCAGCUGAAUAUAAAUUACCAGAUUGGUUUAUAAGAGGUCGAAAUUUCUGGGAAGAUGGUUACAAUAAAUUAAAUGAUAUGUAUUAGUUAGAUUGUAUGUAUAUUAA